GAGAGGAAGCAGGUGAACCAUGCCUCUGCCCAGUGUGACACAACUUUUUCUAAUAGGUUUGUUCUGGUUUCACGGAUCUUGGAACACAACAGACGGCGCUCCUUUCGACCAGUGGGAAGACGGGAUAGAGUUCAGAAAGGUGCGAGGCGUCCAAAGUGAAGAUUUGAGUGAUGUUUUAUGGCGAGACCAGAACGAGGAGCAAGUCCAGAAUGUUUUCAAAAGGUUCCUGUUUCAUUACUCUAAAGCUCGAAACUCAGUCGGAGCUGUGCAGCGCAUGUCUCACUCAGUUCAUCCGUUGAUGCGACUUUCCCCCAAACUGUCCCAGAGGAGAAAGAAGAAGGUGAUACUUUUGAAGAUUCGGGGUCUGCCGGAGGGAAUGUUGUAGAAGAGAAAUAUCUACAAUAACAAGAAAAGAGAUCAGGCUCCAAGAGAAGAAGAGGA